AUGAAAUCGUCGGCCCUCGCGUCCACCUCAUGGUCGCCCUCCGCCGUCUUGGCAUUGUUUCCCCGCCGCUCCCUCACCGUCGCCGGCCGCCGCGCCUCCACGAUCUUCUCCUCCUCGAAGUGCCCGAAUGGUGAUUUCAAGCUCGCCGAUUUCCUCAUCCUGGCUGGAAGCUUCACCGGAAUCUCGCCGGCGGUCGGCUUCGUUGGCUGCCGGCGAGCUGACUGUAAACCUCGUCCAUGCUCUGCUCGUCCGCCUCAUUUUCUUCGAUUUUCUCCUCUUGGGCCUGCUCGAAACCGUCCAAGCUCGAAUCUUUUUGCUCGAAAACGAGAUGGGUUUGCUUUGACCCGUCCAAGUCCGGAUCUUUUUGAUCGGAAUCGAGAUGGGUUCGCUUUGAAUCACCCAAAUCCGGAUCUUUCUGCUCGAAGACGAAAUGGUGUUGAGGUGAAAGCAAUUGUGCCUAUCAUGAUAUUGAGGAGCACAAAGAAAACAGCAGGUGUGAACCAGCUGUUCAUUGAUGCCCAUAUAGAUGAAGAGGACAGCACAGCAAAAACAGCAGUGUUUGAAUUGAAGCCAAUAAAUGUGAGCCAGAUUUACUGA